ACGCUGGAAGUGAUGCCAAUCUUCGAGACAUUGCCACCGACUGAGAAGAUAGACUGCUCCGAGAGUUCGCACCGGGCGUCACAGCUAUUAUGCCGACUAUUGCCGUUGGGACUCAAGUAUGACAUAUCACAGGUGGACACCAAAGAUGGACACACCGUUAAAGUCUUAUUUUCGGCGCAAUCUUCGGACGCCAUCGUCUAUGUAACGAUUGUCGUAUUGGUGUAUAUCGUAUUGUUUGUGGCUUUGGUUAUAACAAGCUAUCGAAAUAAUGUCAACCGAGUCAAUAACCGUCGGCGCCGUCGAAAUCGACACAAACGACCGGCCAAUUCAGUGGUCGAAUGUGACGUCAAUUCGGGUGCCGUCAAGUGUUUGGCCAAUCAAUCGCUAUGUGCGGCAACACAUGUGUGAAAUCAAUGGCAUUUUUUAUAUAACAAAUAUCAGUCAAUAAUAACCCAUUCAAAUC